CGUAUAGUGCGCUAUAUUUCACGUUUGCGCUUCAGUUGCAAUAUCAUAUACAUUUAUCGCUAAAUCCCCACAAACAUGGUAUAAUUAACCCGAUUCAAACGUCUUUCCACUUAAAAUCCCAUUACGUAUGUUUCAUCUUCUAAUAAUGAUCGUGUGCUAGCCACAUGCUAGUUGAAUGGAAUGGAUGAUGUACCUUAUUGUUAUUGUGCCUAUGAAAUACCUUUUCGUGGAGUGUCUUCAGAAAAUCCAACUGGUCAUUUAUUAACUGCUAUUCGAAAUUCCGGGGAGAAGUUGUUGUUUGGCAAACCAUUGGAUGCAAUUUAUCGAUAUGGCUCAUUUGAAGUGCUACACAAUAAAUUAGCCUUAUAUGGUGUUUUAGGCUUAUCAAGUUGGGAAGUUUUAUUUGUCCCGUGUAUUAAUCCUAAGCAAGUAAACGAUGAAGAUGUGAAUUCUGUUCGUCAAUUGUUAACACAAACUCUUAGUCGUACAGAACCAUACUUCUAUCGUCAAUGGGCAUUUCGUCGGCCAGGAUCUAUCGGUUUAGGUAAAAUUGACUGUUUAAUCAUACAGGAUCGACGUGAUCGUGUCUAUAAAUUUGAUCCAAUUCUAAAUUCAUGGAUACGUACAAUUGAUGGAUUGAAAAAUUUAAAUUUUACAAAACAUUGGUUAUUUGAAAGUAAAAGACUUCCUCACCUGCCAACACGUCUACUAAUACUGACUACUGAUUUUGAAGUUUACACCUUUCAAAUAUGCUAUACAAAAAAGCUGUCUACAAUACCGUCGGCAUCAUCAGCAUCAUUAUUAACGACGACAACAACAACGACGGCGUCAGCGACACCAAUUGAAUUUAACAAAUUACGUAAGAAUAUGAAAGAAAGGGUAAAAUUAUUUAUUAAUUUAUUCACAUCAAGAAUCUCACAUAUUCGUCGAUCAUCCGGAUUUGUAUUAGCUGAUGAAUAUGCUGCCAACUGUGAUCUGAAUACAACACCAAUUGAUCAUAAUUAUUCGCAUGAUCAACCGGUGACUACCUGUGAAAUGAUACAAGGAUCUGUAAAUAUUUUUCAAAAUUGGAAUUGUUUAAAUGAAACAUUAGAUAGUGAUAAUAAUAAUACCUUACCAAUCAAUUGUACUCCAGUAAAUCCAUUGUCUAGAUUAAAGGCCAAAUGGUAUGAUUGUUUAAAAGGCGAUUAUGAAUUAAUUGAAAAUACUGAUUUUGCUUAUUGUCGAACACUACCCUUGCAGAUCCCAACACUUGCAUUUAAAUCCUCUGUAAUUAUAUUUCGUGAUUAUUUUGUUGGACAUCGUUUUCCAGUUUUAUCAUUUUAUUAUUUCCCGAAAGAAAAUAAUAAUAAUUCACCGCAUAAUAACAAUAAUAAUAAUGCUGAUUCAUCUUUACCACACUUAUUAUCCACAUCCCCAUCACUGGCUGUUUCAUCUACACAACAAUUUGGUGUAUGGAUAUUAAGAGCUGGACGAUUAGUGAAUGAUAUUGAUCUUAAACAAUUGAUCCACUGUAAUUAUCCAUCAGUCAAUUCAUCAUCAAAAGAUUAUCAACAAAGAUUAUUUUUAAAACAUAUAAAAUUAUCUUAUGCUAAUAAUUUCAGUGAAUUAAAACAAACAAUUAAGUGUUCAAAAUUCAAUGGACAAAAUUCUCAACAACAGCAACAAGCCUUCUAUGAAUUAUACACACCUUUAUUCCCGGACAGCGAUGAUUCGUCAUUGUCAUCGUGUGAUCCCAGUGAGGAAGACGAUGACGCUUUAUCGAUGUCAACAUUCAACCAUCACCACCACCACGUCGACCAUUCUGUUGCUUCACCUGUUCAACACAGUACUGGUCAUGUUACCCCGCUGUCAUCAACACCAUCAUUACUACUAUAUGAAAAUGCUAGACAACAACAGGCCGACUGGUGUACACCGAAACGUAAUCAUAUUCAACAAUCUUGGAUUCAAUUGAAAAAUCUCAUUCAAUUAUCACAAAUUCAUGCACCGGAUGUUGAAAUUUCAACUGAUGUUACAAACAGCACUAGUAAUCAUCAUAAUAAUAGUCAUAGUAGUGCUGAGAACAGUCCAUCAGGAAUACUUGACUAUUCUUUAUUCAAUAGUGAGAAUAGCAAUCAUGACAACGAAGAUAAUAAUAACAAUAAUGGUACUGAUACUGUCUAUAUGAUGAAUUGGGAUACACUGUCAACUGAUUCAUUAGGCAGUGAACAAGAGAAGAAGAAGAAGAAGACAAUGAAGGCGAAGCAUAAAGAUUAUGGCAUUGUACUGAGACGUAAACUGAGAUCAUCUGAUGAAGAGAAACGUUAUUCUACACGAUCCGAUAUGCCUAGAUUUGAGUUUGGCAACUUACAGCAUUUUAGCAGUCCUACUACUACUAAUAGCAGUGGAAAUAAUAAUAAUAAUAAUACUGGUAGCAUGAGUAUUGGUAGUAAUAUUUCUAAAUCACUGGGUAGAAAUUAUUCACGAUUAAAUCUAUUGAAUAAAAAGAAAUUGGAUAGUAUGGCAUUUCAGUGUAGUCCACAUCGUUCCGAUUGGUCAGAGAACCUGUUAUCAACAAAUUGGUUGGAUUUAUUAUCGUUUAUAUUGAAACAGGCAAAUGAAUUAGUCAGUGUUAUUCAUCAGUAUUCGCUACAACCAGUGAAUGGAUACAAUGGGACAAUAAUUGUGUUAAGUGGACCUGACAGUGGACGUAAUUGGCAACCGAUUUUAACGAGCCUUGCACAGAUAAUGUUAUCCUCAGAGAAUCGAACAAUUCAUGGUUUUGAAGAUUUAAUUGAACGUGAAUGGAUUCGUUAUGGUUAUCCAUUCGCUCCUGAUCCAACUGAUUGGCAUGAUAAUUCAGUUAGCUCGGAUUAUGAUGAUGGUGUAUGCUUUGCUUUAUUUCUUGAUUGUGUUCAUCAACUGCUUAUUCAAUUCCCGACAGAAUUUGCAUUUACUCAAGAUUACUUGGUUUUAUUAUUGGAUAGUGGAUUAAGUCGAGGCGGUGGAAUUCCUCCCUUCACUAUAGAAUUCUCCUGUUCAUGUGAAGCAGCUAGACAUGUUCAAACAAAAGCUUUAACACAAGGACAAAUUAUUGAAAAGUCAAAUUUCCUUUAUAAUAAAUGUGCCUGGCGUUCUUUUCGUCAUUGGAAUGAUAUUUUAACUAUAGAUGGGUGUCAACUUUUGCCUAACUGGUUAUACUGGUGGCGAUAUAGUUGUAACCCUCUGAAGGUAUGUUUAGCCAUUUAUAAAUAUACAUAUAUCUACUAGUAUGAUAUACUUUCUUUCACUCAAUCAGUAUUUUCAAUGUUUUCUUUAGUGUUAAUUAUCUACCUAAUGAUACUUCCUGUAUAUAACUGUAUGUUCUCAUUAUGGCAUAGUUAUAUCCAACUAUCAAAAUGAAUGACUUAUUCAGUUCACUAGUUUGUGUGGAAGUAUUUCGUCUAACUGUGAAUUCUGAUAAAUAGUCUUGUCAUCUAGAGUCAUUGAGUCAAGUAGUAAGCUGAAUAUAAUUCAACUCACACCAAACGGAAGUUACUGCUCAUUGAUAUAAGUAAAGAUCCUAUAUUACCAUAAAAUUUAGUGACUCCCCCUCCCUCCACAGGACAAAACCAAUCAACUCAAGUACUCAGAAGAGAUCAGGCGGCCUGUUUGAAACCUGGCUGACGAAAAUACUCCAUCAUUAUUAUAUUGCAUAUAAAGUUCAGCCUAAUUCAUCAGACUACAUGGAACUAAUAAAAAGUGUUGAGAAGUCGACAGGAAUACUUACUCCAGCUCUCUUACCACUACACUUUCCUCGAUUCUGGAUUCAUGCAUGGUAUCGAUGGAAUCGUUCUACGCGCAUAACCAAUGGUGGUGGUUAUGCAUUUGAUGCAUCUUAUUACAGAAAUCUCCUAAAUCCAAAUCAUGCAUGUACUACUACUACUACUACUUAUCAAAAGUCAAUUACACCACGCACAAGUACUAGUCCUUAUACUGGUUGGUUGACUGAUGAAUCUGUUAUAGACGCCUUGUAUUGUAAUCAAACUGAUCAUCAUCAUCUUACAAUAUCAUCUGAUCCUGUUUAUAAAAGUCUAUAUGAAAUAGCUAUUCAAUGGGAUAAUGAAUUAUGUGAAACACCUUGAUUAAUCUACACAUUGCCAUUUCUUUCAAUCUCAAAUAGACCACCCAACUUUAGUAAUAUAUACAGUAAUCUCAUCCCUCUUCUUUUUAUCGUCUUUUCAGAUUACAUUAAUCAUUGAGAUUAUCUUUCGAACUAAUAUAUAAUAUACUUUCAUGAAGCUGUCUCAGGCAUACUUUUUAUGCAUACAGCACAUACCUACAACUGAUUAUUUUUUUUCGCAUACUAAAAAUGUUAAUAGUUUUUACUUUUUUUAUUUGUUUUUUUCAAAUGAUUUUGAGAUUGUUUUAUCUCUCUCUUACUUGCUUACUUUUUUUCGUUUAUCAGUUAAUCUAAUAAUUUCUUUCAAAUUAUUUUGUACACCUAAGUAUAUUUUGAUAACACUGAUACCUAUCGCUGACACAUUCUUUUGACCAAUAUGAUCUGCACCAAAUAGAACAUAUUUAUAUUAACAAGAAGACUUCUGAAACAGCCUUAUCUUUUAUUAGUUGACAG